UCUCACAGGUUUGUCUGCCUGCCAGCCACACAUAUAAACACUCAGAUCUUCACAGGUAUGGAGGAACUUCUGUUACCGAACGUUGAGGAGGAGGUGCGCUCUGACAACAGCUCGUACGCGCCUGGAAAUGCAGAGAAGACGAUGGGGGACCAAAUGAAGACUUUCCUCCUGAAGACAGUGAAGGGGGACCUGAGGACGGUGAAGAAUUUCUUUAAGAGGAAUGGGCUGCUCACGCUGUCAGUCAUCUCUGUGAUCACCGGCUGCACGCUAGGCUUUAUGUUGAGAGGAAGUCAGAUGUCUACACAGGCCAAGAUCUACUUCUCUUUUCCUGGUGAGCUGCUGAUGAGGAUGCUGAAGAUGCUCAUCCUUCCUCUCAUCACGUCCAGUUUAAUGUCGGGUCUAUCAUCGAUGGAGUCGAAGGCAUGUUGCCGAAUGGGUGUCCUCACCGUCACAUACUACCUCUGGACCACCUUCAUCGCCGUAGUGGUCGGCAUCUUUCUCGUGAUCAUCAUCAAACCAGGUGUGGGCACAGAGAUGGAGAGCAACCGGCUGGGUGGCGGGCCUGUCAUGACCUCGGCUGAUGCCCUCCUCGACCUCAUCAGAAACAUGGUUCCUUCCAAUCUAAUUGAGGCCACAUUUCAACAGUACAAAACAGACCUGAUUCCCAUCCUCAAAGUCCCAACCAAAACAAUUCAGCCCAACUUUGUCUAUGUGAUCCCUGAUGACAAUGACCCCAAAGGGCGCAUGGUGUACCUCGAGCUGACUCCUCCUCCAGAUGUCAUAUACAAGACAAGUCCAGGCAGCAGCCAGCAGAUGAAUGUCCUUGGCAUCGUUAUCUUCUCUGCAACUAUGGGUUUGUUGCUGGGCAGGAUGGGAGAGCGAGGAGUCCCACUGAUCAAUGUCUGUCAGUGCAUCAACGAGUGUGUCAUGAAGAUCAUCAACGCUGCUGUUUGGUAUUUUCCAUUUGGGAUUAUCUUUUUGGUGGCGGGGAAGAUCCUGGACAUGCAGGAUCCGAGCACUCUGGGGAAGAAGUUGGGCUGGUACGGCGUUACUGUGCUCACCGGGCUCUUUGUUCAUGGACUUGUCCUCCUUCCUCUCUUCUACUUCCUUCUCACCAGGAAGAACCCCUUCAGCUAUAUCCGUGGCCUCCUGCAGGCCUUGGUCAUCGCCCUGGCAACCUCCUCCAGCUCUGCCACACUGCCUAUCACCAUGAAGUGUUUGCUGGAAAACUGUCAUGUGGACCGGCAGAUCGCUCGUUUUGUUCUCCCAGUGGGUGCCACUAUCAACAUGGAUGGCACAGCUCUCUAUGAGGCAGUGGCAGCCAUCUUUAUUGCUCAGGUUAAUGACUACGAGCUGGACUUUGGCCAAUUGGUCACCAUCAGUAUCACAGCUACAGCCGCCAGCAUUGGAGCAGCUGGGAUUCCUCAGGCUGGUCUGGUUACCAUGGUAAUCGUACUCACAUCAGUAGGCCUGCCACCAGAUGACAUCACACUAAUCGUAGCCAUUGAUUGGAUCCUUGACAGGUUUCGUACCAUGAUCAACGUUCUUGGUGACGCCCUUGCAGCAGGAAUCAUUGCGCACCUCUGUCGGAAAGACUUUCCCCUGAGCACAGCAGGAAAGCCUGCGCCGUCCUACGGGACACAGACUCCGCACAAAAACUCCAACACGGUCGAUGUGCCAAUGACGGAGAUGCACACACACAAAGACUGCACGUUCGAUUUGACCGGUGACUCGGUGAGCCAGAUGAAUGCACACACAGUCUACUACAACAUCUGCCAGGUGUGAAUGGAGAGAGUGGAGCAACUCACCUUGCAAAGGUCCAACUGGGUCUGUGAGACCUCAUAGUGCCAUCUGAACAGGAUUGUUAAGAAGAGAUUAAUUCUAUACAGGAACCUCCUUUUUGGUGUCAGCUUGAUUAAGCUAACUUGAGGUGGAGGUGGCCAAAACUGGACUGCUUAUUUCGGAGCUUCUCUUGCUCAUUAAGGACAAGAAAUGUGUGAGGUAACACAUUUCAGCAGCCUCUAUUGUUCUCAUUUUCAGCACUCCAGCAACCCCUCAACUCAUCUGUUGUCUCAAAAAAGCUCCUGUCUCUUUCAGGCCUGGGCAUAAGCCCACGUUCAUCUGAUUAGGCACUUUCUGGAAGCCUGCAGAGGGGCAGCACCCAGUGCUCAUGAACAGCACAGAGCAGUCUGAAGCUGGCACUUUUUGUUCACUGGGAUUACUUUUACAUUUAAUAACAUCAGAGACUGCAGCAGUGAAUGCAGGACAGAAAACAAGAAAAAGCAGAUAGGGUCCCUUUAAAAGAAGCCCUCCAGCUACAGGAAUUGCAGGCUUUAUUGCAUCGGCUUAUUUUGGUCCACUGUGGCUGAAAUAAAUGGGUUUGUGUUGCUGUGCUGAUCAUAGCCACCAUGUGGUUAGAAUGACUGGGUAUCACAUGUCACGAAUUAAAGCCACCUAAAUGUCAAACUAUUGUUUUUAUUAUUAUUGUUUGUAACUGCAGGUAAAAUGAGUUUUCCUUUCAGGAGAAGUUCAUUUCAUUCCGGUUUCAUAUAAGAAAUCCAAUUCCUGAUGUUGCCAGUGGAAACAUGGAGCUGUUUCCACUGGCAAGACACUGGACUGUGAUCUGAUUGGCUGAUGCUCGGUGCACACUGGGUGAAGGGUUAAAGUGUAAUGAACGAAUUCAAGUGCUCUUCCUCUUGUAGAGUCAACCUUCUUCUGAUUCCUUUGUAUACAGUAGCAUGCUGGCAUGCGUUCUCACUGACUUCAUGCAAAGUCGAGGUGCAUUAUUUUCUUCUUUUUGUUUUUUGUUUUUUCACUUGAAUAUUGCAAAGGUAAACAAAGUGCUGUGUGGAUUUGUGGAAUUUUGUCGAUGACAGUUGCAGCUAAUGUGAACAGAUUUUAAUUUAAUUCUGGGUCUGCUAAACAUUCAGAAUUGGUUACUUUCAGUGAUUUAUCAGGAGCCUCUGGAGCCACAAAACCAACUUUCUGUUAAGGCCAGGAGAUCUGAAGAGCACACCACAAAGAAGUGCUCUCAAUUUACUAAUUCACUUGUAAGGAUUACUGAAAGGAGCUCUGCAUAAUCUAUAGCAAAAUCAGCAUUAUGGGGCUCAGGUUUGUGCAUAGCUGAUGUUCACACUCCAUCCUCAGUGACAAAACAGUUGACAAGGCUUUUCUGAACCACUAAGAUGUACUGUAUGUGCUAUAUGUCUUCUAUGUAAUACAACAACUCAUGUCAUCUGAGUUGGCGUGAUGAAGAUACCAAUACUGGCUACGUGCUGAGUGACGUCAUGCUUAUGUAGCUCAAGAUGCAACCAACAGUUGCAAGGGAAAAAUUUGGAUGUCAGCUACAAAUUGAAAGGUUGGUAGUUGGAUCUCCAUCUGCUCCAGUCAACUCAAGAGGGUGCUGUACCAAAAGCCUCCUUGUGAUGGCUUUGGUUGCUAGCAGAUUACCCAUAGUUUGUUACCCAUAGUUUGCAUGUAAGACAUGAGAUUAUAUGCAAACACUCAAAAGCUACUCACCAGAUGGUAGUCAAACUGUAAACACUGCAACACAAGGCAGAUAUGGAGAAUAACUGCCUUUAACGUAAAAGUUACGUCUCAGCACAACAAUCAACACGUUUCAAAACACCCAACUCUAUAAAAUACAUAUGUCUAUAUUAAAUUAAAAGCAUAACAAUAAGUAACUGGUAUGUAGAAAUUGGUAUUCUGAGAGCACAACGUUGUCAGUUGCAUGUUGUGUUUGUUGUUGUGUUUAUCUUCACAAUAAUAUUUCCAGGUCCGAAUGUCAGAAAUUCAUCAAUCUAAACAAUAUGGAUCCCUGGAAAUUCUGACACAACAAUAGUGUUAUUAAUGUUUUCUAAUUAUGUACUUUUCUAACCUUUCCAGUACUUCUUAGCUGUGUAUAUUACCUUGAGUUUGGGAGUCUGUACUGAAAAUAAAAAUAGAAUGAAAUAUUGACUAUUUAUCUUCAGGGCUAAAAGUGAGAUGGAGAAAUUAAAGGAAAGAUUAAAGAUUUGUAUGCUGCAUGAGUUGAUGUUCAGUGGUUGAGAUACAGCUCUUUAAACUGCUUGAAGUGCCCCUGAAUGUCUCUGUUUUAAAGUAGCUUUUUGUUUGUUUGUUUGUUUGUUUGUUUGUUUGUUUGUUUGUUUGUUUGUUUGUUUGUUUGUUUGUUUGUUUGUUUGAGUUAAAUGUGAAAAUGUGGACCUGCCUUAAUCUACAGUUGUGGUAAGAAGUUACAUACAAUACAUCAUAGGGAUAAAUCCAGCACCAGUAACUUAAGGAACUAAGUUAGUACAUGUAUAUACAGUAUUGAUUCUAUAUAUAAAC